UAUGCAAAUUCUUUACAAAUUCGCAAAAUUUAUGCUUGUAACACCUGCACGAUUUGAAAAAAAAAAUAAAAAAACAGGAUUCUAUAUUAUGUACAAUAAGGGGGUUUUUAUGUUUAUUUUGACAUGAGUAGAGUAUGUUUUAUUUGCCAAACAUCAUGCACAAAAAAGAACAUUAAUUUUUUUUUUUUUUAAUUUUUAUUUUAAUUAUACCUUUCUCUAUCUACUAGGUCGUGUUCCAAAAAGAUGCUUUCAAAAAAUUCUAAACCAUCGAUUUGGUCUCUCAAAAAUGAGCAUUAGUUCAUAAAAAAUAAGAGCAAUGCUGGUCACGGUAACAUGUGCAUCAACAGAUGCAGUGUAUUCUCUCGAAGUAUCACCAGACAUUGAAUUGGAAAACUUCAAAGUUCUCGUUCAAGUUGAAAGUAGUACGAUGGAUGUGAAAGAUAUGGUGUUUUUUCAUAAUGGUAAAAUUUUAAUAGGCGAAAAGAAAACUUUGACGGAACUAGGGGUUGUAAAUAAUGAUGUGUUGCUCUUUGGACCGUUACCACAGACAUCCAUUUCAAAUACGUCUCAUCCACCAAGAUUAGGACAACCUGUAUCCACAGCUCAAAAUCUUCCACAAAGAGGAGUUGGCGGCAUUAACUGGGGUUCAGUGCAAUUACCUGCAGCAAGUGGCUCAACACAACAACAACCUGCAACUGUCCCAAGACAGCAACCAAGUCAGGAGAAUUCAGAAACAAUCCGUUUAAUUUUUUUAAGUGACCCGCAUCAACUGGCUUUAUUGAAAGAGAGAAAUCCUCGCCUUGCUGAAGUUAUAAAUAAUGCUGAUCAAUUUCGAAAGGUGUUGGCUGAACAAAGGCAGGAACGACAAGAACAGGAGAGACAACGUAUCAGACUUCUUGCAGCAGACCCAUUUGAUUUAGAAGCACAACGAAAAAUUGAAGAAGAAAUAAGAAUGGAAAAUGUCAACCAAAAUAUGCAUACAGCGAUGGAGUAUAAUCCAGAAGCUUUUGCUGAGGUGUAUAUGUUAUAUAUAAAUUGUAAGGUGAAUGGUUAUCCUGUGAAAGCAUUUGUAGAUUCAGGCGCGCAAAUGACAAUCAUGAGUAAAGCUUGUGCGGAAAGGUGUAACAUCACAAGGUUGAUUGAUCACCGGUGGCAAGGUAUGGCGGUGGGUGUAGGCACCCAAAAAAUCAUAGGGCGUGUACAUAUGGGACAAAUGCAAAUUGAGGAUGUUUUUCUUUCUACUUCGUUUACAAUACUUGAAAAUCAACCAAUGGACCUGUUGUUAGGUUUGGACAUGUUGAAAAGACAUCAGUGCUGUAUAGACUUAAAAAGGAAUGCUCUCCUGAUUGGUACAACUGAAACAGAGACAAAAUUUUUAAACGAAGCGGACUUACCAGAAUGUGCCCGUUUAAAUCGCAAACGGACUGCACCUCCUGAAGAAGGUAAUGCGUCCUCGUCUAGUGCUCAAGAAGAAGAAGAUAGACGACUAGCAGAAGCUUUAGCAAAUUCUCAAAAAGACAUGGAAAGUUAGCUGUAUAUAUUUUUAUAGAACUAUUUAUUUUCUACAAUUACUGUUGGAGAAAUUUGUUAAUAUUAACAACUGUUUUUAAAUAUAGUCGAAUUAAUAAUUUUACCUUGUUCGCUUUAGCUAAACCAGUUAUUAAUGGAGUGUAUAUUUGAGAAUUUAACCGUGGAAAUUUAAAAAUAGAAAAUAGAAAGAAUAAAUAAAAAGCUACCGUGAAAUGGGCUAGCGUUAAUUUGGGGCCGAUGAAAUGACCAUUAUUAGUAAAUAAUCUGAAAUCUGAAACUUUUUUUUUAUUUUUUGUCCCAAAAUAUGUUUCUACAAUGAAAAUUUCCGUGUGGAAUUUUUUUUAAUCUCAAACAACAAUUUUGAAAAAACUUAUAAAUUAGUAACAACAGAUUUUGUUUUUAGCACAGUUUUCAGUCUCCUGUACAUAUUUUUUCAUAUAAUAAAAGAAAAAAUAGCC